AGCAAUGUUUACAAUCCCGGCGUAGGGACGCGGUGGUGUGUUGCUGUAGUGUUGUGUGCCGUCGCCUUGCUGUCAUAUGUAACGAGCCUUGACAUUAGUGAUUUGAAAAUGGAGCUUCCUCAGCCUCCUCCAGGCUGUGGAAUUGACUGCAAUGAAUACUGACACAGCAGCUGUGAUGACUUGUGGAGACCAGGAGCUUAAAAACAUCAUUGACAAGUUGGCCCAGUUUGUGGCACGCAAUGGCCCUGAGUUUGAACAGAUGACCAAGACUAAGCAAAAGGACAACCCCAAGUUCAGUUUCCUGUUUGGUGGAGAGUAUUUCAACUACUAUCAGUACAAGGUCACAACUGAGCAAGCAAUUUUGAAACACCGACAAGCUCGUGAACAACAGCAACAGCAGUCUCAGCCUUCCCCACAGCCUGCGCUGCACCAGCCUCCUCCCCCACCACAAGGAUUUCCUGGUGGUGGUGGUGGUGGUGGUUUCCCUGGACAAAACUUUCCACCAGCCUAUGCAUACCCUCCCACUUCAGGAUAUCCUGAACCUGACCUUCCUCCUCAGUUCCCACAAGCACCUGUUACUACAGGAGGCUUUUCUCAGGGGCAGUUUGCUCCACCACCCCCAAGCAGUGAGCCACCUGCAACAUUUCCUCCAGGUGAUCCAAAUUUUGCAACCCCAACUUCCUUUGUGCCCACCAGCACCACAGAGCCCCCUUUUGGCCACUCCUCUCAGUCAUUUCCUCCUCCACCUCCAGGUGACUCAACAUACACAGCUCCUCAGGCUGGAGAACCGGGAGCUUUCACCACUACUACACCUGGGUUUGCCCAGCCACCUCCCCAUCCACCUCCAAGUGUAACUAUUGAAUCUUUGGUGAACCAGCAGCAGCAGUUGCAGGAGCAAAUACACCAGAGUGAACAGAAUUUAGCAGCUCAACAACUGGUUCUGGAUCAGCAAAAGGAAGGUCAAGUGAGGGAGGGUAUCUAUGUUGCCAGAGGUGAAGUUUUGCGCAAUGAAGCCAAUGACCUUGGAUUUUCAACUCAUGAGCUGGAUGAGCUGCUGGGCCCCAUCACUGAGUCGUGCACCAAGGACUCAAUCUCAAAUGGGAAGCAUUGGAUCUUCACCAAUGCUCAAUCUCCUGCCAAGAACCAGUGGCUUGCUAGAUAUUUAUUGUGGAAAGCUACAGCCACUACAGGUCCAUUCAAUCAUAAACUACAUAUUAUCUAUCUUAUGAAUGAUGUUCUGCAUCACUGUGUAAGGAAAAGUGCUGAUGAUUUAAAGGAAGCACUUGAGAAGGUGCUGGCACCUAUGUUUUGUUGUGCCAUGACAGUUGCAUCUGAUGAUCAGAAGUCUAAACUAGAUAAGUUACUUUCUUUGUGGGAAUCCAAGAUUAACCUUGAAGACGUGGUGUUAAUACAGUUAAAAAAUCCUGUUGAAUCAUGGGGAGCUUUUGAAAAGGGAUUGAUUGACAAAUUUCCCCAAGUUGUGGCAACCAUCAACCAGCACAUUGAUGCUACCUUCGAGGGCUAUAAGCAGCAGCACAAUGCAUUCGUUCAGCAUGCCACAAAUCAAAUCCAAGCUUUAGAGCAACAGAAGCAGCAAUUAGAACAACAGGCAGCAGCAGCAGCAGCAGCAGCAGCAGCUGCUGCAGUAGCAGCAGCUGCAGCCCAGAGUGGUGGAUUUACUACAGCCCCACCCCAGCCCCAAUUCCCACCACCACCUGGGGCAGCACCAGGCAUACCUUCCACAUUGGACUUCAACCAACCUCCUCCAGGCUUCCCUCCAGGUUUGCCAAUGGUGGAUUUCAGCAAGCCUCCUCCAGGAUUUCCAGUUGAAGAACAAAAGGAAAAUUUAGUACCAACUGUUCCAUACUAUGAGCUCCCAGCAGGACUGAUGGCUCCUCUAGUAAAAGUAGAAGAUCACAAGUAUCUGCCACUGGAUCCUAACAACCUAAGACUUCCUCCACCAACACCACCAAGUGACAGGCUGCUAAGAGCUGUUGAAAACUUCUAUGCUCCACCUUCUCAUGAAAAGCCACGUAACAGUGAAGGCUGGGAACAAUUGGGCUUAUAUGAUUACUACAAGGAAAAAAGUCAGUCUGUAAAACGUAUUGAGAAGGAGGUGAGUGAAGGUCUUCGAGAACCUACCCGCUCACCUUCUCCGGUAAUUAUUGAGCCACCACCUGAAGAAGAAGAGAAGCCAUCAGAUCAGCCAGUGAGGAGAUACAGGUCUGUAAGCCCUGAAAAGGAAGAAGAAAAGAAGAAAUCACGCUCACGGUCUCGCUCUAGCAGCCAUAGUCCAGUGCGCCGCAACUCGUCUAAGCAGCGGUCACGUUCUUCCUCACCUGUUAGAACUCCACCUCGAUCCCGUCUUCGCUCACGCUCAAAAUCUCCGCGAAGAUCCAACUCCAGUUCUAGAUCACCAAGGAGAGUCAGCAGGUCAAGAUCGAGGUCUCACUCUGCAUCUCCCAGAUCAUCUCCAGCUCGUGUACCCUUCAACAGAUCUCCUUCAAGAAGUCCAACUCCUCCAUCUUUUGUGGGAGGUGCUUUUCCAAAGUUUGAUCAGCGAUUGGAUGAGAAUAACAAAGGCCAUCAGAUGCUGCGGAAGAUGGGGUGGGGAGGGUCAGGUCUUGGGGUGAAGGAACAAGGAAUCAGUGAUCCGGUAGCAGCAGCAGAAGUACGAGACUCACCUCAAGAAAGAUUCCGUGGUCUGGGAGUGCCCAGUGCUCAAACAGAUCCCUAUGAGGCUUUCAGGAAGAACAAGGGUCAAGCCUUUAUCAAUCGUAUGAAAGCCAGAGCAGAAGAGAAGUUUUAAGUAAGUAAUUAUUUGCUCAUGUCAUUUUCUCUUUGUUACAGGCUGUCUCAUUUUGAUAUAAGGAUAAAGCAGGUGAUCCCAGAUUCUGCCCUGUUACAAAAAAUGGCAGGAUCUCAAAACAAAAAUUAAAUUACACGGAUUUAGAGAAAUAUCAUUGCGUUUGUCUAUGUAUAGUCAUAAUCCUACAAUUAUGCAUUGUGGUGAAAAUAUAAUGUGUCUCUAAGUCAUAUGUCACAGGUGAUGUGCAUUUAACAUGGAAGGUAAUUUUUCUGCAUAAAGUUUUACUGCCUGUUUUCAUUUGUUUGUGGAAGAGAAACCAACAAUAAAAACCUUAGGGAAAACUUAAUUGUAAAUCAACAAUAGUAACACACACACACACACACACACACACACACACACACACACACACACACACACACACACACACACACACACACACACACACACACACACACACACACACACACACAC